AUAUACUUUCUCAGAAUCUGGCUAUCAGAUGUUCCAAGUGAUGAGGUUUGCUGUUGAGGAAAUUAAUAACUCCACCACUCUUUUGCCCAAUGUUUCUCUGGGCUAUGAAAUUUUUGACCAUUGUUCUGACACAAAUAAUUUCCCUUCAGUCUUAAGUUUUAUCUCAAAAAAUGGAUCGAUAAAACCCAAAGAAAAACUCAAUAACUAUCAGCCUAAAGUGAUUGCUUUAACGGGGCCAUAUGGAAGCACAACAACUAUUACUAUUGCACCACUGAUCACAAUGGACCUUAUACCAUUGGUGAAUUAUGGAGCUUCCAGCUAUGCAUUAAGUAAUAAACUGCAGUACCCCUCUUUUCUAAGAACAGUGCCCAGCAACAAAGACCUGAUUGAAAUGAUUAUUCGCAUCAUACAAUGGUUUGGUUGGAACUGGGUUGCCUUUCUUGGUGGCCAAGACGAUUACAGUGAAGACGGCCUAAGUCUUUUUAACAAGUAUAUACGCAAUACUGGAAUUUGUUUGGCCUAUCAAGAGGCUCUAAGUCAAAGGGCAAACUACAGUCUAACACUUAAAAAGAUUGAUAUGCUUAACAUCAAUGUCAUUGUUGUUUUCGCUGUGACACAAUAUGCAAGCAACAUUAUCAAAGCAGCCAUAGCAAACAACAUCCAAGACAAAGUAUGGAUUGCAAGUGAAGCAUGGGCUAUGAAUCAACAGCUUCCAAGAGAGCCAGGAAUUGGGAAAAUUGGAACAGUUAUUGGCAUUACAGAAAGAUUGUUGUCUUUGCCCGGAUUUAAUGAAUUCAUCUAUAAAGAUAGGGGAACAACUGAUGUUGGCCAUAAUGAUAGUGCUGAUAGUGAAGUCAAGAGUAAUAGUAAGACAUGUAAUCAAGAUUGUAAUUGCUCCACAACGUUGACCGCAGAGGAGAUUAUAAAUGAAAAUCCCACAUUCUCAUAUGCCAUCUAUGCUGCCAUAUAUUCCAUAGCUCAUGCAUUACAUAAGGUUCUGCAGUGUGACAUGAAUGAAUGCAGCAAAAACACAACAGUUAAGCCAUACGUGCUUCUAGAACAAAUCAAGAAGUUGGACUUCCCACUUAACGGCCGUCAGGUGAAAUAUGAUGAAAAUGGUGAUCCAACUGUCAGUUUUGCAGUCAUACGCUGGAAUACUGAAACAAAUCCUCCACUAUUUGAUAUGGUUGGCAUAUAUGAUACAUAUCCAGAAAUUACCUUUACUAUCAACAACUCUCUCUUGUCCUGGCAUAACAAUGGUUCGGUUCCUUUCUCAAACUGUUCUGUUGAGUGCAAAGAAGGAUUUUCGAGGGAACCUGAUGGAUAUCAUAGUUGCUGUUUUCUGUGUAAAAAAUGUCCACGUAACAGCUAUGUGAAUUAUUCCCGUGAGUACUUUAAGAGAUGAA